AUGUCAUUUGUUAAGACUGUUGAUGCUUCUGAUGUGAUAAAAACUGCCAAUGCAUUGUUUAAUUUGUUUGCUGAUGUUAUUGAGUGGGUUGAGCCUAGUAACAUUGUGCAUGUGGUCAUUGAUAAUGCUGCAAAUUAUGUAUCUGCUGGAAAACUUAUUCAUGAAAAAUACCCAAAUACAUUUUGGUCUCCUUGUGCUGCCCAUUGUAUCAAUUUUAUUUUGAAAGAUAUUACAAGUAUUCCUCACAUAGCUGACCUUACUUCCCGUGCUUCAAAAGUGACCGUUAUAUAUGAUCGCAAGGAAGAUUUGCAGGCAUUGAUGGUGGAUAAAUAUUUCACUUCUCAUAAGUUAGUCAAAAGUGCUAAUAGAAAGAUUGUUAGUUCAAUUGUCUUGGAUAGUAAGUUUUGGCAAAAUUGUGUUACCACUGUAAAAAUUGUUGGUUCUCUUAUUAAGUUGUUGAGGCUUGUUGAUGCUGAUGAAAAACCCUCUUUGGGAAUCAUGUAUGAAGGCAUCAAAAGAGCCAAAAAUUCUAUCAAGAUAAUGUUUAGAAAUCGAAAAGCUGCUUAUACGCCAUACACGAGUAUCUUGAAAAUGAGAUGGUAUAAGCAUUUGAAGCGUGAUCUCCAUGCGGCAGCGUACUUUUUAAAUCCAGACAUUUUCUAUAGUGAGGGUUUUGUUGAGAAGGCAAAUGUUUUGAGAUCUUUACUUGAUUUUCUUGAUGUUGAAAUACUUUGUGAUGACUCAGUUGCCGCAAUGCAAGAGAUACAGUUGUAUCGAAAUUGUAAAGAAAUUUUUGGGAUGGAAAGUUCUAAGAGAGCGGCAUCAAGACUCGAACUUGUAAGUCUUCUUCAUCAAACCUCUUCUUCAUCUGGAUGUGAGAGGAACUGGAGCUUUUUUGAACAAAUCCAUUCAAAGAGGAGGAAUCGGUUAGAGCAUCAAAGGCUAAGUGACAUUGUUUAUGUCACCUAUAACCUACGCCUUCAAUCUAGGUUGCAUCGAAAGAAGAGGAAUUAUGAUCCAAUUGACAUUCAAAGCAUUGACACGGUAGAUUUUUGGGUAAUGACAGAUGAGGAUGAUCCUGAAUUUAUUAAUGGAGAUGUUGAAGGCAUAGAAAAAGUUUAA